GCUUGUCAUGCACGACGUAGUACAUGUACAUGCCAUGGCUAUAUAGCUUCAUUUACAACCUAGUACGUAUACACCUCAAUCCAUUAUAAAUAGCAACUACAGGGUCUUGUUCCCUUUGUGCUCUUCGUCUUGUCAGCGAUCGCCAUCUUCAGCUAGGUUAAUUAGUAGGUGCAAGUUUUAGCAAAUUUAAUCAGGGAUCGAUCGAUAUGGGGAGGUCGCCGUGCUGCUGCCACGACGCCGGGGUGAAGAAAGGGCCGUGGACGGAGGAGGAGGACAGGGCGCUGGUGGAGCACAUCAAGAAGCAGGGCGGGCACGUCGGAAGCUGGCGCGGCCUUCCCCGGGCGGCGGGGCUCAACCGCUGCGGCAAGAGCUGCCGCCUCCGCUGGACCAACUACCUCCGCCCCGACAUCCGCCGCGGCAACUUCUCCGACGACGAGGAGCGCCUCAUCAUCCGCCUGCACGCCGCCCUCGGCAACAAGUGGUCGACGAUCGCGACGCACCUGGACGGGAGGACGGACAACGAGAUCAAGAACUACUGGAACACGCACAUCAAGAAGAAGCUGCUGCGAAUGGGCAUCGACCCCGUCACCCACCAGCGCCUGCCACCCGACCUCCUCGCCGACGGCGGCGGCCUCGGCGCCGCCUCCCCUCUCCUCUCGCCGCCGGGGCCGGCGGCGGCGGCGGCGCUCCAGCCUCUCCUCUCGGCGGUGGCGAGCCUCGGGAGCCUCGACACCGCGCUGAGGCAGUUCCAGCUGCUGCAGCACCUGCUGAAUUCCAUCACCUCCUCUAGCAGCGACGUCGCUGCGACUGCUGGUCUCAUGGCCACCAACCUAGCUGCAACAAACACCAUGGUGAACUCGAGCAGCAACGUCGCAAGCUUCCAGGAGCAGAUGAACGCAUUGGCACAUGCAAACUACCAGCCAGGUUAUCUCCGUGAUGUCGUCCCAAGCUUUCCAGGGCAAGACAUGGCGCCGCAACUGAACAGUACUAGCAGUACACCUAGUACGGCUCCAGUGCUCAGAUCAAGCGCUGAACCGGCUGAUCAGUGCUGCAACGAUGCUGCAUUGGUGCCUGAAACUUAUCCACGGGAAGUGGCAGCAUCUGUUGAUCACUGGAAGGUGCAGGAUUUUCCCAGCUUGGAGCCCCUGGAGCUACCAAAUCUAUCAACUCUGGAGAGUGAUCUUGAUCCGUUCUGGAAAGAGAUACUAGAAAGCAGCUUCCGUUCAUAAAAUUCGUCUCAGUCGAUCGGGUAUUAUGAUAUGAAAUGUUUGGUAGUGAGAUGUACAAAAUCUAAACACGUCUUAAUUAGCUUCUUUUUAAAUUAUCAUCAGCAGAUCAUUGACUGUUGUCGGAGUUCGGACUUCUGACAUCAUUAAUUGAUCGCUGUGUAUUGAGAUUUUGAUUUUUGUAAUCGCAAAAUACAGAUUAAUCUGGAUUUGAUUAAUGGAGUUCAAUCAUUGGGUUA